CCUUUUGUUUUUUUCCCCCCCCCUCGCUCCCGCCCACUAAACCGGAUGUGGCGUUGACCUACCUUAGUCACAUUGUUAGGGAAGGAAGUGUGCCGCCCCUACCUAUCUGCCCCGCCUUGAGUCUCAGCCAAUCGGCCUCUCCAUCCUGGCCCCACCACUACGGCUCCGUUUAACCCCUGCCCCUUUGUUCCCAGUCACCAUUUGCUUGUUAACCCCUUCUGAAGAAGUGACAGCAACCUUUUAUUGCGAGGGCGAUUCGUCCUGCUGCAUCCCAGAAAACUAAUCUUGUUACUACUCCAGAAUUGCUGGUUGAUGUUACGCCCCUCCUGUCUGUGUUCUCUCAGCUUCAGUUUCCCGUUUGAGCACAUUCAUUCUUUUUAAUUUUUGCUCUGAACAAAAAUAUUUGAGUUACAAUAUUACUAUAUUCCAGGCCUUGCUAGAAACUGGGGAUAAAUCUAUGAAUAUGGUCGCUUCCCUGGAAGACCUCACAGUCCAGGGAAGCCAAACCCUGCAGACAUGCAGUAGACUUAGUGGUCUCUUAAGGUUGCCUGUUGAGUUCUGACAUUGGAGAUUAUGUACAGACUUGAAUGACUAGUCAGCCUCGGGCGCAGCAUUCUGUUGCUAAGGGAAUCAGCUGCCCUCCUCAGGCCUGGGCCAAGUACCCUUAGAGAUCGGCCUCGUCACCUCUCCCAUUCCUUUGCUGAUACCUCUGUUCUAGUAACCUCUGACUCAGCUUCCCCUUUAGAGAUACUCAUGCUUUCUGGCAACAGAGGUCCUUCAAACCCAAUUCCUAUUAAACUCCAUCACUUACCAGCCUCUUCCAUGGACAGCAGUCGUCCGCAUUUCCAGUACUGUCCUGGCCAGAUGUGUGAGUUUUGGCAAUUCCUUUUCCUCUCUCUGGACUCAGCUUCUUUGUCAACCAGCAUCAUAAUCUCUGCCCAGCCUUCCUUCUAUCCUGGGCUGAUGUGAAGAUUGGAUAAGAAUUGUUCAAGAGGUAGUACUAAGCUCCUUGAGGGCAGGGACUGAAUGGUUACUAUGUCCCCAGGGCCCAGCAUGACCUUCUCCUGGAUUCCUCAUCUUCCUCCCAUGACCUGUGUCUCCAUCAGUUUCUCCUCCGGCAUCUUUUUCUUACAGGAUUCUUACCUCAGGGUCUCACUCCGACAGUAUAGUGGUGCCAUCACAGCUCACUGCAGCCUCGACCUCCAGGGCUCAAGCAAUCCUCCCAGCUCACCCUCCCAAAUGGCUGAAACUACAGGCUUGCACCACCACACGUGGCAAUUUUUGUGUGCAGACGAGGUCUUCCUAUGUUGCCCAAGUGGUCCCAAACUCCUGGGAUCAAGCGAUCCAUCCACCUCAGCCUCCCAGAACACUGGGAUUACACGUGAAUAGAUGCACAUGGCCUGGCAGAUGAUGCAGCUGCUGCUUCUGGCUUUGGUGAUCGCUGCAGGGAGUGCCCAGCCCAGGAGUGCGCGGGCCAGGACGGACCUGCUCAACGUCUGCAUGAACGCCAAGCACCACAAGACACAGCCCAGCCCCGAGGACAAGCUGUAUGGCCAGUGCAGUCCCUGGAAGAAGAAUGCCUGCUGCACGGCCAACACCAGCCAGGAGCUGCACAAGGACACCUCCCGCCUGUACAACUUUAACUGGGAUCACUGUGGUAAGAUGGAGCCUGCCUGCAAGCACCACUUUAUCCAGGACAACUGUCUCUAUGAGUGCUCACCCAACCUGGGGCCGUGGAUCCGGCAGGUCAACCAGAGCUGGCGCAAAGAGCGCAUCCUGAAUGUGCCCCUGUGCAAAGAGGACUGUGAGCGCUGGUGGGAGGACUGUCGCACCUCCUACACCUGCAAAAGCAACUGGCAGAAAGGCUGGAAUUGGACCUCGGGGACUAAUGAGUGUCCGGCCGGGGCCCUCUGCCGCACCUUUGAGUCCUACUUCCCCACUCCAGCUGCCCUUUGUGAAGGCCUCUGGAGCCACUCCUUCAAGGUCAGCAACUAUAGUCGAGGGAGUGGCCGCUGCAUCCAGAUGUGGUUUGACUCAGCCCAGGGCAACCCCAAUGAGGAGGUGGCCAAGUUCUAUGCUGCGGCCAUGAAUGCUGGGGCCCCGUCUCGUGGGAUUAUUGGUUCCUGAUCCAAGAAGGGUCCUCUGGGGUUCUUCCGACAACCUAUUCUAAUAGACAAAUCCACAUGUG